GGGUAACCACGAGUAGAGAGGUAGCAGUACCACGAAGGUAGAGCUGGAUUAUUAUUAUUAUUAUUAUUAUUGUUAUUAUUUUUAUUAUACUCCAUCGUUAAAACCGUCGAUCCAAAAAGUAGUUUCUAUUUUCUCCUUAAAGAAAAAAUAAGCAAUAAGGAAUUGCCACGGAAGCAAAGACACGGCUGUUCUUCUUCUCUCAGCUCUGUCUUUCCCUGUUUUUGCCUUUUCCUUCCCCUCCGUCGCCCUCUCUUUCACCUCCGAUCGAGAGAUUCUCUCCUCACCUCCUUCCAGGUUUGGGAACUGGCGAUAAAUCCUUAGAUCUCCUUGUCCAUUGUAAAUGAGGAGAUCCGAGGGUGAGUGAAAAAGAAAUAUUUAGAUGGGGGGUGGUGAGAAAAUGCGAGGAGGUGAAAAGAUGUACAGCACGUCAACUCCAAUGCCUACGCACCAACUUUCCGAUUCUAAUCGCGGAAUUAUGGGUAACCAUAACGAUAAUAAUGCUCGUAACCUUCGAGUCUAUCAAACCUGGAAAGGCAGCAAUAUAUUCUGCUUUGGGGGUAGGCUUGUAUUUGGUCCAGAUGUCAGGUCGCUGUUCCUUACAAUCUUUCUAAUCAUGAUUCCAGUAAUCUUAUUCUGUGCUUUUGUUUCUCAAAGGCUCAUUAACGACUUCCAACACCAGCUAGGCUAUUAUGUUGUAGUUAUAUGUGUCAUCCUGACAGCAAAUGUUAUUAUUCUUCUCUUCCUUACUUCCGCAAGAGAUCCAGGCAUUAUUCCUCGUAAUCUCCACCCUCCAGAAGAUGAAGGCUCAAGCAUAUCUGUUGAUUGGCCAGGAAGUCAGGUUGCUGGCCCAAGUUUACCUCCAACGAAAGAUGUAAUGGUGAAUGGGAUGGUAGUCAAGGUCAAAUACUGCCAAACAUGCUUGCUGUACCGCCCGCCACGAUGCUCUCAUUGCUCUAUAUGCAACAACUGCGUUGAGCGUUUUGAUCAUCAUUGCCCGUGGGUGGGGCAAUGUAUUGGCAAGAGGAAUUACAGAUUCUUUUUCAUGUUUGUGUCUUCCACAACGAUGUUAUGCCUCUAUGUUCUUGCAUUCUGCUGGGUCAACAUCAGGAAGAUAAUGGAUACAUAUCAUUGCAAUAUGUGGGUGGCCUUUCUGAAGUCUCCUGUUUCAGGAAUCCUGAUACUGUACACAUUCAUAUGUGCUUGGUUUGUUGGCGGCCUCACUGCAUUUCAUCUGUACUUGAUUUUCACCAAUCAGACAACAUAUGAGAACUUCCGGUAUAGAUAUGAUGGAAAGAUGAAUCCUUACAACCUUGGUUGCAUUCGUAAUGUUCUGGAAGUUUUCUUCUCAAAAAUCCCAAAAUCAAAGAACAAAUUCCGGGCAAAGGUCAGGGUCAAUUCAUCUUCUAGCUAUGCCAGUUCAAUGCCAUUGGGCAAUUCCUUGAGCCCAGAGGUGCCCAAAAGGAGCUUUAAUAUAGAAGUGGGAAAACGACAAGCUGUUGCUGAUGAGGAUUUUGAAGAUAUACAAAGUCAGAUUGACAGUGUUGGUGGAUUGGAGAGGUGUGGAACCCAGCCAAGACACACAAAUUGGGAUCAUAAAGCCAACUGGGAGAUAACACCAGAUAUACAUGUGUUAGCUGCUGAGUUUGGAAUGGAAUCUGGUUUAGCAAACAGGCAGAAAAUUUCUAGAGAUCAUUGAAGUUUGUUUCAUGAAGUAUAUUCUAGCGAGUCGAAAGUGCUCUCUGAUCUCAAAGUCAUCAUGACAUCUCUAACGGGGGCAGAUUGAAAAUGGUCACUGACAUUGCAUUCAACUCGAAGUGCCUGUUGAAAAGAUGUUAUAUGCUUCACGUAUGGAAGGAGAGAAUGCUUUUGUUUGUUUAGGUCUGAAAUGGUACAUGCUGUAAAUUAACCUUCAUUGAUAGUUAUUUGGAUUGUUGUUGUGCAAUUACUUGCUCAUUUUUCUGGAAAUUUGUUGAGUGUUGAUAUUUAUCAAUUGACUGGUAAUAUUAGAGAGAACCAUUAGCCUCUUACACGAGCUCUGAUUCAGUCAUUGGUGGUAGAAUACAAGGGAUACUUUAUAGGAUUGGGGAAACCCCCCACUCCCUGUUUUCAGAAGGUGUAAUUGAAAAAGACGUUUUCUUUUCCA